AUUAUAGACCUACUAUAUUGUAAUCUUAAAAAUAUUACAAUAUAGCCUCCAAAAUGUUUCUAGACGAAACAAUGGAACAUUUAACUUCUCUCGUUCUAUUCCAUCUCAUUCUUUUGACAGCCUUAGUUAAAUCUCUAGUUGAUAAUCAAUCACAUGCUAACCGUUGACUCACAAACUCUCCCACCUUAAGAACCACACAUGGAAAUGGAAAUUACGAAUCAUUGCAUCUUAUCCCAGCUAUUGCCUCAACUUCAAACAAAACCAACAAAUUAACAACAUAAUCUUCUUUUUUUUCUUUCCCUCUGCUUUGCAAUUUUGAAGUUUCAACUUUCAACAAUGGGUAGAGCCUUACUCUCUGUUUUCCUUCACGAUCUGUUAGACAACCUUCUCCUCCUCACUUCCAAACCUUUCAUCAUUAACAAACCACCCAAAUAUCAGCGUAAACUCAUAGCUACACUGCAGUUGCACGAUUCCCUCGUCGAUGAUGCUGAGCACAAGCAGUUCACAACAAAAACCCAAGCAAUAAAGGACUGGCUUAAUUCAUUGCAGUAUGCUGUUUAUAGUUUAGAGGAGCUUCUAUUGCAGUGGCAGGAGGUUACCACAAACACCAAAAAAUUUGGAGUCUUCUCAAAAUCAAACAAGCCAAAGAGGGACUUAAAAUCUCAAAUCCUUGGCAUCAUUGAUAGGUUAGUAGAUCUUUCUAAAAUGAAGGAUGUCCUUGGCAUAGCUCAAAGUGUUACAUGGAGAGAAUCUUUGCAUGGCUUGUUUCCAUGUUCUGUUGUUUUGGAUAACUAUUUCUAUGGAAACUAUCCCAAAGAUUAUUUCUAUGGAAGAGAACAAGAAGAAAAGUUUGUGUUGGAUAUCUUGUUAUUAUCAACUACUACUACUAGUAGUGAACAUAUCAAAGUGAUUAACAUAGAGGGAAAAGGGGGUGCUGGUAAAACUGCUUUUGUUGAUGUAAUUUACUUCAAUCACAAAGUGAAGGGGUGUUUUGAUCUUAGAGCUUGGGUCAAUGUUCCUUACAGAGCUAGCAUUAACUUUAUAGCUAAGAAGAUUCUUGAGGCAGUUACUGAAGAGUUUGUGAAUGAAAAUGAUUUCCAUGAGCUGAGUAAGAAAUUGAAGGAAAGCUUUGAAGGGAAAAAAUUUCUGCUGGUGUUGGAUGAUAUCAGGAUUCAACCUGAGGAUGCUACUAAGAAUUGGAACAUGCUUGUUGAUUCUUUGUUUGAAGCAGCAACAGGAGGGAGUGCCAUAGUCUUGACCUCGGAUCCUGAUGAUGAUAAUGAUGAUGAUGAUGAUGAUUCAUUGCUUGUGCCACAAGCUAAUCAUACCUUCCAACUGGGUAUGCUAUCAUCAGAGAAUUCAUGGUCAAUUUUUGUGGUGCAUGCUUUUGGGCAAAUGGAUCUUCAUGAGUAUCCAGAACUAGUAGCAGUUGGAAAGGAAAUAUUGAACAGAUUGGGAAACCUUCCUUUGGCUGCAAAAAUGAUUGGGAGUCUCUUGCAAGAUAAGGUACAACUCAGUGAAUGGGUUGAUAUAUUGAGGAACAAAUUAAUUGAUGAAGGUGAUGUGAAUCUACCAAUUCCUGCUUUUCUUGUGGUUUGUUACCUUGAUCUCCCAGCAGAGCUUAAACGUUGCUUCGCUUACUUGUCGUUGUUUCCAAAGGGUUAUGAAUUCAAAAAGAAAGAGAUGGUCCUCUUGUGGAUGGCACAAGGCUUUUUGCAAAACUCAAACUCUAAAUCCAAUCACAAAAGCAUGGAAGAUAUUGGUGAUGAGUAUUUUGGUUAUGUAAUAAUGAGGUCAUUCUUGCAACCGUUUGGUUCUGGUUUAAGUUUUACAAUGCAUAAUCUGGUUCAUGAUUUGGCAACCUAUGUGUUUGGAAAAUCCUAUAAGCACCAUUUGUCAUAUUCUAGAACAAGACAGGAUUUUUCAGAAUCAAUUUUAGGUACAAAUGGAAAAUUGUUAAGAACCAUUUUGCCAGUAUGUUUGCCUCAUGAGCGAGCUCCUAGCCAUAUCCCCCCUUUAAUGUUGGAGGAAAUUAUGUGGUGGUUGAAUCCGCAGAUCUUCCGGACACUUUCUUUGUCUCACUAUGACAUAACCAACUUGCCUGAUUCAAUUGGAAGAUUAAGUCAUCUUUGUUACCUUGACCUUUCUCACACUGCAUUGCAGACACUGCCAGAUUCCAUUUGUGAUCUCUUUAAUUUGCAGACACUUAUGUUGACAAACUGCAUUUCUUUCACUAGUUUUCCUCCAAGAAUAUGCAACUUGAUACGCUUGCGUUGCCUUGAUGUAAGAGAUAGUGGUGUGCAAGAGAUGCCUUUGCAGAUGAACAAAAUGACAGGUCUUCGGACGUUGACUGACUUCAUUGUUUCUAAAAAAGAGACAAGACUUGAAGGUUUAGCAGGUCUUUCGAAUCUUAUAACUUUGUCCAUUUCGAAACUCGAAAAUGUGGCUUUUUCUAUGGAUGCUUCAAAUGUCAAACUAAAAGAGAAAAAGUGCCUUGAUGAUCUUAUGCUUCAAUGGGGAAAUGGUGAAGAUGGCAAUGGAAAUGAAAUGGAAGUGGUUGAGAAUCUAGAACCACACAAAGGCUUAAAGAGACUAACAAUUGAAUACUAUGGAGGUGCAAGAUUCCCAAAUUGGUUGACGGAUCCAUCUUAUUGGGCAUUACAAUUAGUCGAUCUCCGACAUUGUAAGUAUUGCAACUCAUUGCCAACACUUGGACACCUGCCACUUCUUAAAGAUCUCUUUAUUGAAGGGUUCACUAACGUUAGUUCCAUAGGCCAUGAGUUUUAUGGAAUUAUGACUGCUUCACACAAGCCAUUUCAAUCAUUGGAGACUUUGCAGUUUUGGGAUAUGUUGGAAUGGAAAGAAUGGAAUAUACUAGAAGGUGUUGAAUUCCCCUAUCUAAUUGAGCUUCAUAUAAUAAGGUGUCCCAAGCUAGAGAGAAAUUUACCCAAACAGCUUCCUUCUUUACAGAAGUUGGAGAUUUCUGGAUGCCAUCACCUUGUAGCUCCACUUCCAAAAGUUUCAAAUACAUGUGAAGUGUUUGUACAUGACAGUAAUGAAGCAUUAAUGAGACAUGUUGUUAAAACACACUCACAACCAUCUUUGCGGCGACAUGUUGUAAUUUCCGAAGAAGUGCAAGAAAUCAGCACACAAUCCUUUUCUGGUUUUACCAGCAAUAAGUACACUAUUGGCUCUUCUUUAGGUGAGAUUGAAGACAUUGCUCACGAGGAAAGGAUGGAAACUGAAUUCACAAGAAAUAGAUUACCUCCUUACCCUGCAUCUUUGGAUAGAAUAGGAAUCCCAAAGCCACAACAAGUGUCCUCUAGAGCCGAUAUUUCUAUCAUCGAGCAGCAAACAGAUCCACAAUCUUCAUUGCCUAAAGCUAAAAUUCCAAUGACCGCACAAGCGGAUACAACAAACACAACAGCAGAUCACAAUCGUCCAUCACAAGAUAUUGACGAUGUACGAUCAUCCUUUGAAGUAUUAAAAGUUAUUACCGUAUCGCAAUUGAAAUCAUUGCCGCCAAAGCUGCAAAGCCUAAAAAUUGAAGGAUGUGAAUCAUUAGAGGUCCUUCCAUAUGAUUUGCUAGGUGGAUUACCUGUUCUUCAAGAAUUAUAUCUCAUCAGUUGUUCUUCUCUUAGAUCCUUCCCUUACCCUGCUUCCUUGGAAACACUUUACAUACGUAACUGUACAAGAUUGGAACUUGUUCCAUCUUUAGAAUCAAGAGAGAAGCUUGCCUUUCUCCAACAUUUGUUCAUUGGGAAAAGUUGUGGUUCACUCACUACCUUGAACUUAAAUUCGUUCCCUGAACUCAAAAUUCUUUGUAUAUGGGAUUGUCAUGAUCUUAUAUCAUUUAGUGGUGAUCUUCCAUCACUUGAGUCUUUAGAAAUUAGAGAUUGCACAGAAUUGACGUCUUUCCCGGAUGGACUACAUACACCAAAUCUAUCAUCCAUGUUCCUUUUGAAUGGAAAGAAUCUUAACAGAUUGCCCAAUUCUAUGAACUCUCUCACAUCUCUCAAGUCAUUAUUUUUACAUAGAUGUCCACUUAUUGAAUCUUUUCCAUUUGAGGGCUUGCCUUCAAGUUUAACUCUACUCUCCAUUUCCUAUUGUGACAAACUUACACAACAAAAGAAUUGGGGUUUGGAAAAUCUUGAGUCUCUCACUCAUUUUGAGGUUGAAGGUGGAUGCAUAGACAUUGAAUCAUUCCCCGAUGAGAAUAUACUUCCUAGAAAUAUCAUCUCGUUGCGCAUUAGCACACUGAAGAGUUUGAAGAAACUUGACUACAAUGGAUUUCAACACCUGAAUGCACUUCAUACACUUGAAAUUAAUUGCUGUGACAUGCUACGGUCAUUGCCGGAACAAGGACUUCCUUCUUCCUUAGAUCAUCUUAGUAUCCAGGAAUGUCCAAUGUUAACUCCAAGGCUUAAACCCAAAGUAGGAAAGGAGUGGCACAAGGUGGCUCGUAUACCACACAUACAAAUUGAUGACCAAGUACUCUCUUGAGUUGUAUUCUGUAAUAAUCUGUAUUAUUCUUUUUGUUUCCCUAUGAUUUUCAAAAUCAAACACAUAAUUCAUUAAUUUUAUGAUCAUUUUCUUUACACAACGCUGUAGACUAAUAUUUGCUUAACUUUCACUUAUAGCUCUUGCUAGAAUA